AUGUCUUUGCAGAAGAUUGGUUCCAUUUCAGACUGCAAACAGAACGAAAGGAAAACAACAACAAAUGGGGUCUUUGAAGUAGUACUCGUCGAUAUCAAGACUUCAAAAGUUACUCAUAAAUCGCGGGACCGUAUCAUUAAAGUGGGACGCGCUACCGGUCCAAGUGCCUUGGAGUAUCCCUGUAAAUUCGUUGGGAUAGCAUUGACAAUGGAUAGCAUUCAUCUCCUUUUCAUGUCACCACCAGCUCUUUCACAAAGUGAGGACGAGAAUCUUUUCUAG